AGAGAGGCAGAGACACAGGCAGAGGCAGAAGCAGGCUCCGUGCAGGGAGCCCGACGUGGGACUCGAUCCCGGGACUCCAGGAUCACGCCCUGGGCUGCAGGCAGAUGCUCAACCGCUGAGCCCCCCGGGCUGCCCCCAUUGCAAGGUUUUUGAGCAGAGGAACGGCCCGGGCUUGACUAGCCGUUACGGGGACGGUGACCCGAGCUGUGGCAGUGCUUUCGCGGCUGUGAGCCUUGGCAGAUUUGCCGGGCUGUGCGCAGAGCCCUCAGCGGUCCUCUAACCCCAGGACGGCCUGCAGGGAGCGAUACUGUCUCUGCGUCUGGGCCUCCGGCGGACCUGGAGGUGACUGCUCGAUGUGGUCAGCUUUGGACAAGAUGCCAGCUCCAGCCACCACAUAUGAAAGAAUAGUUUACAGAAAUCCCUCUGAGCACCACUAUAUGAAAGUCUGCCUAGAAUUUCAAGAUCAUGGGGUUGGAUUGAAUGUUGCACAGUUCAAACAGCUGCUUAUUUCAGCCUUAAAGGACCUGUUUGGGGAGGUUGCUGCAGCCUUACCUUUGGACGUCCUAACCUAUGAAGAGAAGACCUUGUCAGCCAUCUUGAGGAUAUCUAGCAGUGGUCUUGUCAAAUUGUGGAGCUCUUUGACUCUAUUGGGAUCCUAUAAAGGCAAGAAAUGUGCUUUCAGAGUGAUUCAGGUUUCUCCAUUUCUUCUCGCCUUAUCUGGUAAUAGUAGGGAACUAGUAUUGGAUUGAGAAGUCUUCAAUUUCAGAAAUACACUGCCACUCUCAAAAGCACUUUUUUGGUGACAAUAUGAUGUUUGAAGAC